CACAUACGGUGCUUUGGCGUUGCCAUGUGGCCAAAGCAACGGUUCUUUUAGCAAAUGCAAGCCAAAGUUUAACUUCCGCUUUGCUCGUUAAAGCGCCUUAAAAACUUACUUUCAAUGAUUUCCAAUUACCAAAUAUUGAAUAUCCACGCCCACUCCUGGACGGAGGAGGACAAACACCUGUUUCCGACAAUAAGCAAGCCCGUUUCACAUGGCGGAUUCAGUUUGUCUCCCACUGGUCAAUUCGAAGCGAACACAAAAAGAAUAGGCUUCAUAGUGGUGCCGCCGACUAAUAGAUUUCCCCUCUCGUUGCGGGACAAUGAGCACGCCCAAAAGCCGGCGAAGAUUCCCAAGUAUUUCCUGGACAACAUGUUCCUUUUCAUCGAAUCCUCGCGAUUUGCCCUCCUCAAGCCGGCCAAUAUGCGCGUCGAGGUGAAUGCCCACAUCGUGUGCACCAGCGAAGUCCUGGAGCUGAUAAUGUGUGCGCCCUACGAGAACAAGACGGGAUGGUCUCUGGGUGUCUCCCGGUAUCGCAACACCAUGUACAUCUGUCGCGUGGACAGCGAACAGGCCGACCCCUUCGACCAGGACAAUCUAAGGAGGAUCAUGCAGGAAUCUUGGCUCAAGAAGCUUCAGAAAUACUGUGUUUUCGAGAACGGCAUUGUGGGGCCCAAGAACAAGCAUGGCUCUGAAGAAGCUGGAGCUUUUCAUGGAGUGUUUUCCUUCGAACUAAAUGGCAAUAGAGUUCUGUUUGAUUCACCAGUACUGGCCGAAAUGAAUUCCAAUGGAUUCUUUGGUCCUGCCCAAAACUGGGCGGAGCUGCAGAUGCGUCUGGUGCACAUGAACCGCCUGGAUUGGACGGCCCACAAUCGCACGGAGGCCCUUAAAUGGUGGGUCAAGUGCUUCCUACUGGGCAUUGAAAGUCUGUAUAUAGCCCUUCGCGAUGAGCAUGCCUUCGUGCUCGACAUCCAGAAGACUUCUGUGCGGGAUUUGUGGAAGAACUGCGAAAAAGAUUGGUCGACCAUUGUGUGCGCCAACUUCUUGGUUCGCCUGCUGAACUGUAUGUCCCAGGUCAUGGCACCGGUCGACUGUCCGAGCACCGUAUACAUUUUUAAAUACGACGCAAUGCAAGGCAAAGUGGCCUACAAGGCCUUCCAAGGACGAAACCAAUACACAUUCAUUCCCGACUGGUUUCGAACGAUGCUAGAUGAGCACAUGGAAGACAUAUUUUCUAAGAACGAAGAACCGCAAACCAUGCCAAAGUAGUCUCCAAAGGACUUU